UUGUGAGUUUUUUUACACUUGCGAUAGAACUUACAAGCCAGAGAGCAAAGUGAAAUCUUUGCGCCGCUCUUAACCCAACCUGAGAAAAAUGGCACUCAAAAACAAAGCAAGGAUAUCAUUAUUGUUAUUGUCUUUUAACUUGUUAUUGUUCCUAUGGAUCAGGUCAAUAAGUAGCGAAGCCAUUUGUUCCACAGAAAUGAAUGUCGUAUUUUCUGUGGAAGGAUCCUACACGCUGAGCGAGGCGAACUUCCAAAAUAUCUUCAGCUUUAUCUUUAAUUUAUCGAGCAACUUUGACUUGGCAACCAAUAAAACAUGGAUCAUCACACUGGCUGGAAAUGAGACGAGGGUCUAUAAAACGAAAGAAGACCUGAAAAAUGCCACAGCGCCGCAUUUUCCAAACAGUUCGCAAGUGUCUUUGGGUAAAUUACUGGAAUCAGUCAAAGAUUGGCUAUAUGGCAAUUACUCGCGAAUGGAUGUUGCUACUAUCGUUGUCGUUAUCACUUCCCAGAAGUCUGAUGACGACAUCGCUAUUCCAACAAUUAACUUAAAAAACUCCAACGUAACUUUGUUUUCUGUGGCAAUUGGCAGCCAGGUGUCUCUGGGUCAAUUAAGCGAGAUCGCUUCAAAUCCCAAAGAACACCACUUGUUGCAGGCUACAAAUACGAGGGAGCUAUCAGAGAAUUUUAACCUCACUUUGGCUAGGAGAAUAUGUGAAGUUGUCGACAAAUGUGUCAGCUCUCCAUGUAGUAACAAUGGGAAUUGUACUAGCUUUACUGGUGGUUACAAAUGCACUUGUCCACCAGAAUUUCAAGGAGACACCUGUGAGAUGAGUAUAUCUGUGGAACAUCUGCUACUGGGUUGCUUCAAGAACGCCUCUCAGACCAUUCCAUCCCUAGAGUCAGACAAUGCAACAUACCUUGAUGGCGAUUUUGAGACCAGAGGAAAUGCGGUCAGGAAAUGUGCUUUAGAGACUGCUAAGAAAAGCUAUAAAUUGUUCGUUAUGCACAACUUAAAAGCUUGCCACUCUGGUCCAGAUGCACACCUCAUCGAUUUUACGGAUUUGGAAGGUUGCGAUCCAGGAAAUGAAGACGAAGUGUACCUCGUGGGAGCUAAGUGUGGUGACCUACUCAAAGAUGACCUUAUUCAUUUAUCGAGCUCAACAAUCCAAGGAUCAUCCUACAACUCGUCCUGGCGAGUUCCUCUUUUAAAUGGCGACUACUCUUGGUGUCCAAAGGAAGACGACCCAGUCCGGAAACUUAAGGUUGAUCUGGGGCGAGAGACUUAUUUGAAUAAAGUGACCUUACAAGGUAAAAAAGAUUCUGUGGACUAUCCUGACAACUACUGCUUUGGUUCCAUUGUUAAUGGCGGUCAAGAACAAGAGAUCAUUCGAAACGAAUCUAUUUGUCUGAUUAGCCUCUCCACUGCCAGUUCAAACGCUAAAACAGAAGUCACACCGAGUCCUGGGUCACUAGAAGCCCAAUAUUUGAGUUUUAGUCCUUGGAGACUAUUCAAGGGUGAUGGGUUGUGCCUGAGAGUAGACGUGUUUCGAAAAUACAACACAUCAACCAAAGUUUCAGUUUUAAGGGAGGCAGGUAACCUCAUCAUGUGCAAUCAUUCAAAUGUUCGCUCAGGAUUCUCUUGUCCUCCAUUGAUCGACGAACCUGUGGCUUGGUGUCCUAAUCAAUCCGUUGCAUUGCCGUUUCAUCAUCAUUUCUUUCAAAUGGAUCUCGGGCAGCCAUUCAAUAUUUCCAAAGUCAUAGUGCAAGGAGCAAAAGAUGCAAGCGAAUGGCCAUACAAGUUUUGCCUUCGCUACGGCCUCAACGGAUCGGAUUUGAAGGAAUUAACUCAAUAUCAACAAGAAUGUCUACUGUUCAAACAAACCAACGAGGACCUGAGAGGGAACAGUGUACGUCCGAGGAAAUUCUCAGUUCCCCGACUGGUUCAGUCAGUCAGUGUGCAGCCCAAGUAUGCCACAUUUGGUACGAAUGAUGGUUACUGUGUCAGGACAGAAAUGACUGGCUGCGUUACAACCACAGUUGAUGGAGAGAAAGUUACUGAAGGAUGCACGCACAAGACGACAAGAGGCAAAUGCUGUGUGUUUCCUUUCAUCUAUGAAGGCCAAAUGAAAUAUUCUUGCAUUAAAAACAAUCACAACCAACCAUGGUGCGCAACUACCGACAAUUACGACAAAGACAAGCUUUGGGACAAUUGCAAAGAUAGCUUUCCAUAUGGUUGUCAAUGA